AUGAUAUCGAAUUUUAAUAAACAAUGGAGUCUGGGACUCUUUAUGCUUGCAAUAGUCAUCUUUCUUUGGGUUUUAUCCUCUUUUUUAAUCAAUAUCAUAUUCGAAAAUGAUGAUUAUAGAAAACCAUUUUUUAUCACAUAUAUAAAUACAACUGCAUUUAUGUUUUAUUUAUUACCCACGUUCAAAAAUAUUAUCCAUAAUUAUAGAAAUACAGGGAAGUUCCGUAUCCAUGAAGAACUGAUCUUAGAGGAAGAAGGCAUAACGAAUAUUUGUGGCGAAGAUCCAAUCUAUAGAAUAGUACGUGAUGGUGCAUUAUCCGUUCAUAGUCCUCUUUUAACUCCAAAGACAAGUAAUGAUUCAAUGCCACCUAAUCACUUGGACAAUCCAACUAUAGAUACCGAGAAUCAUAAUCCCGCCUUGAAUAAAAUGAAUACAGGAUCUGUUAUAUUCCAUGAUGAAAAUCGUCUAUCUUUACCAGAAACGAUCAAACUUAGUGCUCAAUUUUGCAUCUUAUGGUUCUUAGCAAAUUUCGCUACAAAUGCAUCGUUAGCAUACACCUCAGUCGCAUCACAAACAAUUUUAUCUUCUACAUCAUCAUUUUUUACCCUUUUUGUUGGUGCUUUAUUCAAUGUAGAAUCUAUCAAUAGGCUUAAAUUAUUAGGCGCUUUUGUGUCGUUCUUUGGAAUAAUGUUAGUCACUAAGUCCGAUUCAAAUCCUAAAAAAUGCAGGAAUUUUCAAACAGGAAUGAUAUGUCCUGAAAAUGAACUAAAUUCUUCAUCAACUGAUACAUUUUAUAUUCUUAUAGGUAAUAUGUUAGCCUUAGCAGGUGCAUUCUUUUAUGGUGUCUAUAGUACUUUAUUGAAAAGGAAAGUUAAAGAUGAAAACAGAAUCAAUAUGAAAAUUUUUUUUGGGUUUGUCGGUUUGUUUACUUUACUACUAUUAUGGCCUUCAUUAUUAUUAUUACACCAUUUUGGUUGGGAAAGAUUCGAGAUUCCUACAGAUCCUCGAAUAAUUUUGAUCAUUCUAUCGAAUUGUUUCAUUACAUUUAUUAGCGAUUUUUGUUGGGCCAAAGCAAUGCUUUUGACAAGUCCUCUUACAGUCACAGUGGGGCUUAGUAUUACAAUACCAGUCGCAAUGUUAGGCGAUUUUCUAUUUAGACACAAGACUAUGUCAGAAGUAUAUCUGGUGGGUGCCUCCUUAAUCCUAGGCUCAUUUUUUAUCAUAAGUAGAAGUUCGGAAGAAGAACAUCUUAAUAAAAUUAUUGAGCAAGGUAUUACCAAUCAAGAGACCGAAGCAUGA